AGUGCUGGAGGGUGACGGGGUCAGAAGCGCUGCAGAACACGGACAUGGUCGUGUGGAGGUUCACCAGCCUGGAGGGACGCCGGGCUGCUGCCGCCGGAGGGGAGCAUCCGGAAAGCAGAUUAUUCCCUGUCUGCUGUGGAUCCUGCUCCUUCCCCGGGCACACAAACGCUGUUCUCCUGCGGGGGGCUCUGGCUGCUGGCGAAAUCCCCAAAGGUCCUGGGGCAGAGACGGAUUUCCCGGGAUUUCCCUCGUGCCCCUUCAUCUGCUAAUGGGGUGUCUCGGGUGAUGCCAGAAGGAGCCCGGCAUGCCGUACCUGGAUCGGCAGAACCGUAUCUGCGGCUUCCUGGACAUCGAGGAAAAUGAGACCUGUGGCAAGUUCCUGCGGAGGUAUUUCAUCCUGGACACCCAGGCCAACCACCUGCUGUGGUACAUGGACAAUCCUCAGAACCUGGCCAUUGGAGCAGGUGCUGUGGGAUCCCUGCAGCUGACCUACAUCUCCAAGGUUAGCAUUGCCACCCCCAAACAGAAGCCUAAAACUCCGUUCUGCUUUGUUAUCAACGCUCUGUCCCAGCGCUAUUUCUUGCAAGCCAGUGACCAAAAGGACCUGCAGGACUGGGUGGAGGCGCUGAACAGGGCCAGUAAGAUCACGGUGCCAAAGGGUGGCAGCGUCCCACCAGCCACUGAAAUCACCAAGCCUCCAGUGGUGGCCCAGGCCCAGGACAGGAAGCCCCAGGUGGCUUACAAAACUGAGAUCGUUGGUGGGGUGGUGGUCCACACACCCAUCUCCAUCAACCAGGACGCUGGGGAGGGCAGUGAGGUGGCUGCACACCCUCUGCUGCGGCGCUCGCAGAGCUACAUCCCCCCCUCGGCCACCAAGCCACCUGCAGGGCCCCCCGUGCUCAAGAGCGGCUUCUGUGUCAAGCAGGGCAACGUGAGGAAGAGCUGGAAGCGGCGGUUCUUCGUCCUGGAUGAGUUUUCCAUCAGUUACUACAAGUGUGAGCAGGACAAGGAGCCUCUGCGUUCCAUUCUCCUGAAGGAUGUUUGCAAGACCCACGAGUGCCUGGUCAAGUCUGGUGACCUCCUGAUGCGAGACAACCUCUUUGAAAUCAUAACGAGCUCCAGGACCUUCUACAUCCAGGCAGACAGCCCCGAGGACAUGCACAGCUGGAUCCGGGCCAUCACCGGGGCCGUGCAGGCCCUGAAAACGCGCCCCAGGGAGAUGUCCUUUGUGCGAUGCAGCUCCGUGGCCAGGCCCGGGGCCUCCUCGGUCCCUUCGCAGCCGCGGCCGCCGGCGGAGGAGCGGCGAGCCUUGGGCAAGGCGCCCUCCACGUCCUCCUGGCAGCCCUGGACGCCGGUGCCGCGGGCCGAGGGGCAGCGGGCGGCGCUGGGGGAGCUGCCAGCCCCGCUCGGGGACCCGCCGGCAGUGCCCGCGGAGCGCCAGGGCCGCGCCGUGCCAGGGCCGCGCCUGCGGCACCGCUCCGAGCCCCAGCAGCUCAAGGAGAAGCCCUUCGCCUUCGACCUGGACGAUGAAAGCAUCCGCACCUCGGACGUGUGACCGGGCACCGAGCCACCCCCGGCCCCGCCGGCCGCCUCCCAGCCUGCCGGGGUGCCUGGGGGUGGUUUGGGGUGCGAGGGGUCCCUUCCCUGCAGCACAGCCCUUCCCUGCGCUGCAGGAUCCGUCUGGAGCCAGAGCUGCUGCCCUGCCCUGCAGGGAGCGGGUCCCUGCCUGCUCCUGCCCAGGCCUGGCCCCCGUGGUUCCGUGUCCUGGGAGCUGCUCACGGUGCAGGGCAGGAGGUGCUGGGGACCUGGCUGAGAGUCUUCUGCAAUUGCACCCUUUCCCCACAGGUCUGGAGGAAGAGGCAGGAGGUCUUGGAGGGAUGAGAGGGACUGUGGCCUUUCUUGUGUUUGGAAAAUGUUUCUGUCCCCUUUGAUGCUGCUCAGAUUCCCCGGGGCAGAGCUGGGAGACACCAGCCUGCAGCUGCCCACUCAGGGGACUCACUGCAGCUUCCCCUUACAGUGACUUAUUCCCUCCUGCCCACACAAGGGUGUAUCAGCAAUCUGCUGGGUUUUAAUUAUGUUUUUUUUUUAUACCUGUGGCUCCUGUUGAACCCCAGCCUGGGGGGGUGCUCAGCCCCUCCAAAGGCUUUUGGUACCUCCUGAGCAUGAGCCAGGGCAGGCAGUGGCAGUGACUCCCAGGUGGGAGCAUCCUCAGGUGUGCUGUUGGUUGGUUUUGCAAUGCACGCACAGACAGCCGUGCCAGGUGGGGAAGGGCCUUUAGUAAAAAGCAAAGAGCACCUGAUGGAACUGGGCAGACUUGUCCGGCCAACUCCCCCGCUGCUGCCCGAGAUGGAAACCAGCAGGAGUUUCUAGAGCAAUGUGAAUCGUCAUUUCCAUAACCAAAUGAGCUCCUGUAGGUGUGAUAAAUAGUGUGUAGAAAAUCCAGGUGUUCCCUGGCAGAGAGAUCUCCUGAUACCUUCACCCCACACGUGUGUGCAAUCCCCGGGUGCCGAGCGAGACCUCGGCUUCCCUUGCUCUUCCCUGGCCGUGACUCGUCCUCCGCUCUGCCCAGCCCAGUGUGUUCCCCAGGAGCAGAACAUCUGGUUUGUCCCAGCCCUUCUGGGGCCUCCAGCUGUUGACAGCUGUGCCUCAGCCUGAGCCUGAGCUUUGAUUAGCCUGACCGACCUUAAUGUGAUUCCUUGUACCUUCCUGCACAGCAGAGGUACCUUCGUGCAGCUGGGGGAGCAGGAAUGGGGUCCCCCAAGUUCAGGGGGAAGAGGGUCUCAAAGGGGAUUGUGUGGAGGUGCUGGAGAGCACAGAGACCACGAAAAUGAGUGGGAAUCGUUGCAAACGGUACAGGACGAGUGUUAAUGUUAUUUAAUUGUAGUUACCUAGAUCCUGCUGUUGUUCCUUUUUCUGCUCCUUUUUGCUUUAUUUGCACUAGAGUUUGAAACUUUCAUUGUUUUAGGCUGACUUGCUGUUUGGCUCCUAACACUGUUUUGGAAUGUUUUAGUAGUUUGGUAAGCCCAUCCAUCAGAGUCAGACUGUUCAGUAACAGCGUUCUGAUCUCAGUUUUGAGAGCAGGGAAUGCAGAGGGGUGAUGGUUCUUGUGUGCAAGGCCUUGGAACCACAGACUCCCGAGUAUUCCUGGUGGAUAAUUGCACAGUUUCCUCAGGCCUGGGAAGGUAAAGCAGAGGCUUGUUGCACAAUUAAGUUUAAUUAUCCGGGAGCAGAAACUACCAGUGGCUCCAGCACAAUUGCAACAUUGCUCUUGCUCGUUCCCACCCUCCUGCAUCCCCAGGACAGCAGGAAGGCUGAAGGUGAGGUUCAAACAAGUGAGGAGCUCAGCUCCAGAGCCGUCCAUAGCCCAGGUGGGGCUGGCAGGGAGGGAUUUCCCUCCCGUUCCAAAGGGCUGGGUGGAUGCAGCCAGACCUUGCUGGAGCUUUGGGGUUAUUUUAAAGCAAACUGGUUUCCCCUCACCCCUCUCACUCCUGGCUCAGGUGUGGGAUGGACACGUCCCCCCAGCUGCUCCCUCCUGAAGCGUGUGCUGUGGGGCUGUGCUGGGUUUGGGGUGCCUUGUGGGGGCAGAGUGGUGGGACAGAGGGGUUUGCUGUUCCCACAGGGUUCCAGAUGUUUCUGGAAGUGCUGGCUGGGGAUUUCAAGUGCUCUUAGGGCUGGGCCCUCGCGUGGGCAGUGCUCUGUGGCUCCUGGGGUGGGAGCUGCCUGCCUCCCUCCUUCUGCCUGUAAAUGCUGCAAUGCCCUUUCCCCCUGUGUUUUUAAAUAAAGAAGGAAAUCCCAA